AUGCCCACCUCAUUACUCGCAGUAAUACUUUAUUUGACUUCAAGUUUUCAAAUAUUUAUGCCUCAAUUGUCACCACAACUGGGAGAUAUCCCGCGGAGUAACUUCCAGUUUGAUUUUGAGUUUGAGCGAAAAGUUUUAGCUGAAGCUGAGAAGGAAACCCCGAGCUGGAGCAAGCUUGGUUUGGAAAGUCUUCCUUCUAAAACAACGGAAUCAACUUCUUCAUUGUUUACUUUGGGGAUGGAGGUGGAAUUGGUUAUUGAACACAUGGGGAGCAUUUUUAGGCUUGGGUAUUUGGGUCCAACUGUAGAUCCUGUAGUGAGCAGAUAUGUCGCAUCAGGACUCAAUCGAGAAGCUGUUAGUCUUGCUGUUGCUAACUAUGGCGACAAUCCAACUAAGGUUCAAGCAUUUGUCAAUGGUUACACCCUUCUAAGAGAAAUGGGAUUUUCGUCGAACAAGGUAACUGAGGCUUUACUCAUGUAUGACAAUGACACAGACAAGGCAUUGGCACAUUUUCUUAACAGCUCAUCGUAA